AUGUGCGAGCAAACGAUAUACCUCGAUGCAGCAGUGGCCACGACGCUGGCCAUGGACCUGAAAUGGAUCAUGAACAGCCUCAGGAAGAUCCGCAAAACUUGGAAGUAUUGCAUGAGAGGAAAGGCCGGUGACUGGCCCGAAUGGGCCGGUGGCGAGAAUUGGCCGCAUGUGCUAGAGCUGGUCCAGUUGAUGGCAGGUUUUGAGAAUGAGGAGGAUGAUUUGGCGGCAAGCUGGAACCUCGCCGAGGGAUCUGGCGAGGAUGACAUUUCCGAGUUGUGUGGCCUCUGGAAUAUGGGACCCGCCGAAACACCCUCGCGAGGCUCGGACAAAAGACUGGCGGAGCUCAAUAUGGCGCUGGAAGACAAGAGGCAAAAGGUCCUUUCUGACCUUCGUGACGUGCAGAUUUCGAUCGAGGACAGCGAUGAAGACCGUGCUCCCGCCGCAUCCGCCUCUUCCGGGGCACGCAAACCUGCAUCUGAACCUGAUGCUGUGGCUCAUGAUGCUCGCGAGAGCGAUGACCGUGCUCCCGCCGCAUCCGCCUCUUCCGGGGCACGCCAACCUGCAUCUGAACCUGAUGCUGUGGCUCCUGGCGAGACAGCCAUCAAUGCUGCAGAGGAUAUUGCAUAUGACGCACGACCCGACUUCGUGCAUGAUGUUGCUGCCGUCUUGAAGGAAGAGCCUCCGCUAUAG